AAAGCACCAAAUCGCAUUAAUUUGUGCCCAGUUUUAUCACAAUGGCGCUCAAAUUAUUAUUUCUUGUGGCGAUUUGUUUAACGCGAACGGUUUUGUGUGAAAAUAGCACCGAAAAUUUUAAUGAAACAGAAACGGCACCACAGGACUUAUAUGUCAUAAAAACAGUUGUUUAUGAAGUUGGGAUUCUCACAGAUGCUGGAAACGAUACAAAUACGAACGACACACACGAACAAGUCGAUGUUUCGUUUUUCGAUCCGUCCCAAAACGGAACUAUUGACCUCUCAAAUAUUCCGCUUCCGAUUCAAACAAAUGUGAGUGGUGUUUCCGUUACUGGCCUUCUUCCUGCUGCAAAUUUAGCCGCAAUUUUGGUUCCGCCCAGCGAUGGUUUGCCCGUUUUGCCCAAAAAACAGGUCACUGUGACGCAAAAUAUCAGCACGAAUAAUCCGGAUAAAGGAUCGGAGAUUAUUUCGAAUUUGCCCAAACUUUUGGGUUUGACGAAGAAAAAUGAGUCGGAGACGAGAGAUUAGAGAAUUGUGUGAUGUGUGAUUAUUUAUUAAAGAUGGAAUAAUUAAGUUGGUGAUUAAUAAAGUUUAAUGAUUUUAAAAGAA